CUUUAAGAGCCUCGCUGGGACUCAGCGCGCUCAGCGGAGGGGUUCGCGGCGUCGGGAGCGGCGCUGCUUCGUUCUCUCCAUCGCUUCGUGUGGGAGCGGCCCGGCCCCGCCUCUUUCACCUCAGCUCCGCCUCAGAUUAGACAGAGAAUCUCUGUGGAGGCCUUUGUCCUGCAGGUUGCUACUGCUGUGGUAAGGGUUACACACCUAAAGUGUGACCCUGGACACUGAAUAAUGGGGAGACCCAGGAAAAACCCUGACAGCACAGCCUCACCUCGUCAGGCGGCAACUGUGCCCAGAGCCACCCCAGCAGCACCCCGUUCCUCUGCUGCCUCUACCCAGGCCAAGACAACACCCACAGCCAGCCGACCUAAGAGUGCUCAGGCUGCUGGGAGUUCAGGCACCAGCAGGGCACAGACAGACAAGCCAGCCAGCAGCACCACUGCCAGAAGAGCCGGGCAAAGCUCUUCCCAAUCAAGGGCCACUGCAGCACAUGACAGUGAUCAAGGAGACACCAAGAUAAGCUACAGAGUGACAGCUAAGAACCCCACAGUAACUAGUGGAGGGAAACCUUGCUCCACAACAGCUAAAGCACCUGCUGGUGCUGACCCCUGCCUGGGAGGGAGUCAAUCCAGCCGCUCUCAGGCCAGUACCACUGACCGGGGCAAAGCAAGCAAAUUUUCCUCCCUGCUGACAAGAGAAGAUGUGGUGAAAGUGGAGAGGGAAACCCGGGGCCAGAGGGAUAAUCCCAAGUGGUACGAGUGGCGGGAAAACCGAAUCACAGCCUCAGUCGCACCCAGGAUCGCUAACAGCAAGUUUGUCAAUGGCAAGAGCUCAGAGGUGCCCCAGUCUUAUCUCAAGGAUGUGGUGAGCUCCGGUUCCAAAAUGCAGACACCAGCCAUGUCCUGGGGCACCCAAAAUGAGAAAAAGGCAGUGCAGGCAUAUGAGGAGCUCCAGUCCAGGAGGACAGGUAGGUCUGUGAAGGUGGAGGAUUGUGGCCUCUUCAUUCACCCAGGGAAGGAGUGGCUCGCAGCCAGCCCAGAUGGAAUUGUCAGAGAAGCAGGUACAGAAAAGCUACUGGAGGUCAAGUGUCCCUAUAAGCACAGAGACAAGACAGUGAAAGAGGCCUGUAAGGACAAAGCCUUCUGUCUGGAAGUGGAUGGUGAGUCCUACUCCUUGAAGAAAGACCAUCCCUACUACACUCAGCUGCAGUGCGAAAUGGCAACAACAGGCUUUGACAGGGCUGACUUGGUGGUUCACACCAACAAAGAUACAGUCAUCACCCCAGUGGACUUUGAUGCAGGGUUCUGGGAGAAAACUGAGCCCAAGCUGGAGAAGUUCUACACAGAGGCUGUGAUUCCCCACCUGGAUGAGAAGAGAAGCAACUCAGUUUGGGCUAAGGAAGAAUAAAGUAGCAGGGACAUCUGGCUGCUACCCCACCAGGGACUUGUCUUCACCAUCUGCCAUGAUAGAUUUAAUGGACUAUCUCUGGUUCUGCUCUAACAGAACUGUGGGAUCUAGAACAUGCCUGCUAAGCCUAGACUUUUCCUUCUAAUUUAGAUUGUAAGCUCCAUGGGGGCAAGGAUAGUAUUUACCUUUGUUUCCUAGUGGCAUGGAGAGACAGCCAAUGAUUUAAUGGUUCUGUCCUAGCUGCAGAACAAAUACUGUGGGCAUUUGGUGUUGUGGCAGUGAUGUGUGUGCAGACAAGUUCACUGUUCUCUCAACAUCUGCCUUUGAAUUUAUGCCAGUGGCAGGGAGGUAGGGCAGUUUGCGUUAUCUGUAGGGAAAUGGGUUGUCAUACUUAGCCUGUGGAGGGGGUGGGGUUCCAUUUAAUGAGCUGGAGUACAAGUCCUGGACUAAACUUGAAUUUUAGUCCCCCGAGGACUCCUUGCUAUUGUCAGUGGCAGGCUUUUUGAAGAUAAAAGGUAAGGUAUGGCCUUUAGGGUUCUCAAACUUUUAUAUGGGUGACCCCUUCCACAUAGCAAGCCUCUGUGACACACCCCCCAUAAAGUGUUAACACUUGUGUAUUAACACCAUUAUAAAUGCUGGUGGCAAAGUGGAGUUUGGAGUGGAGGCUGACAGCUUGUGAACCUUAAGUUUGAGAACCCCUACUUUAUAGGGUAACUAAAUUGUAGUUAUGUGCCUUAGUGUCAAUGCAGCAUCACACACAGCUGUUUCUUCCAAUGCUGUCUUGUAUUCACUCCCACCCUCUUUCCCUGAGAGAGUAAUUGCUGAUCAUUUCAACAGGUUAACUGCUUACAUUUAAAAUAUAGUUUAGCUUUAGCAUCAAUCUUGCCCCCCAUAAGAAUGUGGGGGAAGGGGCUUCCAUCUCAGAGCUAUUCUUUCAAGGGUGACCCAAGUAACAACACCACCAAGAGAUUUCCUGGACUUUAAUUUCCUGGAAGUUAAUUUCUCUAGUAGCAGACCAUAUCAUAUGCAUAACAAUAGUAUGGAGAGGUGCCUUGAUGUUUGAAAUCACUAUUUUGUUCAAAUCAAUCCUGUUUUGAUUAAAAUUAUCUAAACAGACCAUUUUUUGGGUGUAUUAUUGGAGUUUUUUUUUAGAGGAGGCUUUAGCUUGAGCUCUAAGUCACCACAGAGGCCAGGAUAGGGCAUGUGAGGGGUGUCUGGUCACCUAAGAUAGGGCUGGCAUUUUGACAUGCUGCCACAGAUAUGCUCAGCAGUGUGGUAGAAGGGGGUUGUGCCUGCCUCCCAGUUAAAGGGAUGCUUUACCUUAGGUGAGGGAGAUGCCCCAUUUCCUUAAUUUUCCUUUCUACAGCAUGAGUGUCAGACCACUGCCAUGUAAUCAAUAGUGAUUGCACUUCUCAAAUACUUAAACAGCAAGCCUGUUGGCAUCACAGAUGAGGAAAAAUGCCAUCAGUCCUGGCUAGAAUCUCACCCCACCUGACUAGCACAUAUGGUCUAAUCCUAGAUUUUAGUACCCCAGCUGAUAGUCUCCUGCAUUUUCAAGGGGAGACUGUGUGUAACCCUCACCCAUCUGAGAGCCCUGGUGUUCUAACAUUUCUCUUUGCUCAAUGUCCCUGAGUUAAC